AUGAAUCCAUCACUUACUAAGAACGACAUUUUAAGAUUAAUAAAACAACGUGAUAAGUCAAUUGUAUUUCGUAAACCGAAGAAAUCUUCAAAAUCAUCUCCAGUAUGGGAACAUUUUUGUAUUAUUGUUGUAAAUGAUAUUGAACAAGAAUUUGUUUGUUGUGAUCACUGCAAAGAGUUGUUAGUUUAUCGUCAACGUGAUGGUACAACGUCUAUGACAAAACAUAAACGUUCAUGUCAUGCUAGUUUAACAAGUUCAAGUAGCUGUUCAGAUGGUCAAUUAACAGUUACAGAAUAUUUUACAUCGUCCAAAAGUCCUAAUGUAUCAAAAAGAAUUAAAGAUAAAAUCAAAUUGGCUUGUACUGAAUUUACGGCAUUAGAUUGCCGACCUUUUGAAUUAGUUACUGGUGAAGGAUUUUUAAAAAUGGCACAAAGUAUAUUUGAUGCUGGGCGAUGUUUUAGUCAUUUAUCAAACAUCAAUGUUAAAGAGUUAAUUCCAUCUCCAAUUACAAUUAGCCGCAAUAUAGAUCAUUUAUAUGAAGAGAAGAAAGUUGAUUUAUUAAACUUAUGUUCCCGUAUGAGAAGUUAUUGUAUUAUAUGUGAUUUUUGGACAGAAAAAUUUACUGGCCUUUCUUAUUGUGGUUUGGCAUUACGUCAUGUUACAAAAGAUUUUAAAUUACUAAACUAUAUUCUUGGAUGCUUUUUAUUUGAUUCAGAAUCACAGUCAGCUAGCAAUAUUCGUGCAUUUGUUGAUUCACAAUUAUUAUCAUUUGGAUUGGUUUUAAAUAGUAACAUUUUUGUUGUCACAGACAACGAGAACAAAAUGCGAGCUGCAUUUAAAGAACAAUGUAUUCGUGUAGGAUGUAGUAUUCAUUUCGUAAACAAACAAUUAGAACAUUCAUUUACAUCACUUGAAAUUGAUAAACAACCUGUUAACUGUGAUAAAGCACAAUGUCUUUUUGGUCAUACGAAACGAAUUGUUACACAUGUGCGUCGAUCACAUCGACAAAUAAAGCUAAAAAGAAAAUUACAGUUAUAUUCGAAUACACGCUUUAAUUGUGCAUUUUAUAUGUUAGGAGUAUUUUUUGAUGUUUAUGAUGAAUUACCUGGUGUUAUAAAUAAAAAUUUAAUAGAUUCUUUAGCUGCUAUUGACAAAGAUUUAUUAGAAGAAUUAUGUGUUUUUUUGAAACUUUUCGAUCAAGCUAUUAUUCAAUUAAGUGAUGAAGAUAAACCAACUAUACAUCAAGUUAUUCCAAUUCGACAGUUAUUAAUCAAUCAUUGUGAAGUUAAAUAUGAUGAUAGUGAUGGACUUAAGGCAAUCAAAUAUUUUCUUGGUGAACGUAUAAAAUCAAUAUGGAUUCCUCAAGAUCAACAUUAUAUGUCCACCUUACUUCAUCCUUCGUUGAAACACUUUCAUAUAGCACCACAUGAACAAAGUAAAGCAAUUAAAUUAGUCAAACAAGAAUUGUUGAAACGUACAUCAAUACCAGUAGUUGUCGCUGCUACUGAUUCAAAAACAGGAACUUCAACUACAUCAAGCACAUUUAAUACAUCAACACCUGUUCCUUCAAACGAUUUGUUAGGUCGUUGUUUUGAUCAACCUCAACCUGUUGUUAAACUAGCAAAUGAAUUAGAUGAUUAUAUGGCAUUAGAAACACAACUUCAUGAAACAGACGAUGUGCUUUUAUUCUGGAAAGAAAAUGCUAAAACAUUUCCUGUACUAUCAUCAAUUGUACGUGAUCUAUUCGCAAUACCUGCUUCUAAUACAAGUGUUGAAAGGUUGUUUUCUUCAUCAAAAAAUACUGUUACUGAUAGAAGAACUAGUCUAGCUGCUGAAAAAGUUAAUAAAUUGUUGUUCCUUCAAAAGAAUCUCUUUUCCUUUGCACAAAUAAAUGAAGAAACACAGAUGCAAAAACAAGAACAGUCGAAAAGAAAAUUAUCAACAGUCGAUGAUGAACAGAUGUUAGUCUUCAAAAACAGAGAGGAUUUAACUUCAACAACAUCAAUAAAAAAAAUUAAGAAAACUGAUAGCAGUGAUUUUUCAUCUGAUGAUAACGAAGAUAUUAUGAACAAUAUCAUAGAAUGA